UGAACUACAUUUCCCGAGUCGAUGCGUGGCGUGCGUCAUGACGUCAGCGCGGCUGCUGUCAGUCAGACAAAGACAGUCAGUCAGUCAGUCAGUCAGGGCGAGUCUUCCUCACAACAUCACAUAAAAUAUCAUCUUCGUCGCCUGACAGAGCACAUUAAAUGAUCUGCUGCGCUGAGAUUUUGUGUAUUUUCCUCAUUCCAGAAUGUCUCACUACACAGAUGAGCCACGCUUCACCAUCGAACAGAUCGACCUGCUCCAGAGACUGCGGCGUACAGGUAUGACCAAACCCGAGAUCGUGCACGCGCUGGACACCCUGGAGCGACUCGACCGCGAGCACGGGGACAAAUACAGCCGGCGCGGCCCGUCGGACUCCAACGCCACCAACAGCACCACCUCCAGCACCACCUCCAGCACUACACCCACCUCAAAUAGCACUAGCAACGCCACCAUGGCGACCUCCUCCACCACUUCCACAGCAACGCAAACGCAGUUCCACGGUAAUUUAUCACCGUCACCCAGCAACAGUUACGCAACGUCUCCACCCGCCGUCUUACCCUCGCCAGUCUCUCUGGUCGCCAUGGCGCAGAACGGGCGGGACGCUUUGGCGGCGACACCCAAUGGGAAACUGUCGCCGAACCGUUACCCGGUGAACAGUGCGGCAGCCGUGAGGUCGUAUGGGCUGGAGGGGUCAGAGGAGGACCUGGAUAUAGAUGACAAGGUGGAGGAGCUCAUGAGGCGAGACAGCACCCUGGUGAAGGAGGAAAUCAAAGCCUUUCUGGGCAACAGACGCAUCUCACAGGCCGUGGUGGCUCAGGUCACAGGUCAGUUCACCCCAUUACCCCAAUUCGUAAAACAUCUAUCAUGUUCAAUCAAUCAUCAGCAAUCAUUUCAGAAAUGUACUUACAAUACAAGUCUAUGGGGCAAGACAUUGUACUGUAAUAAAAUACACAGUGCGUUAAAGAUGCUUGGUACAGAUGUGGGGCCAUUACUGCGUCAUCAAGUUUCACAUUUGCACGUGUUUUUAAGUCUUAUAUAUUUUUUAUAUAUAUUUUCAGGUGCCACAUUAAAUAUGCGUCCCACCCCUGUAUCUCUGGAUGAGAUGGAGUGGCGUCAGACUCCGCCCCCCAUAAGCUCUGCCCCUGGAAGCUUCCGUUUGCGCAGAGGCAGUCGAUUCACCUGGAGGAAGGAAUGUCUCGCUGUGAUGGAGAGCUAUUUCAGUGAUAAUCAAUAUCCAGAUGAAGCCAAACGAGAGGAGAUCGCCAACGCCUGCAACGCUGUUAUUCAGAAACCAGGCAAGAAGUUGUCUGACUUGGAAAGAGUCACGUCAUUGAAAGUCUACAAUUGGUUUGCCAACCGACGCAAAGAGAUCAAGAGGAGGGCCAAUAUUGGGUCUUUUUUCCAAGAAGCCACAAUCUUGGAGAGUCACGGGAUCGAUGUGCAGAGUCCUGGAGGACACUCCAACAGUGACGACGUCGACGCUAACGACUACAACGAGCAGGGUUGUGAUGUUUCCUAUUUUGAAAAGAGAGGCAUGAACCGACCUUUUGGUUACUACCGUCUGGAGCCCACCUCACCAACACAGGAUGAUGCCGGCAUUCACGCAGACCACCAGGACCCCAUCUCUCUCGCCGUGGAGAUGGCAGCUGUCAAUCACAGCAUCCUCGCCCUGUCCCGCCCGGGAGGCGUGGCCAUUGAAAUCAAAACAGAGUCACUGGAUGACGACUGAGGAAGACCGUGGGACGAAGAGGAUCAAUGAGUGCGUGUGUAGAUGUCUCCAGGUGUUUAUGGAGCAAUGACCAAAUCAACGCUCUGUCUCAAGCUUUUAGAAUCUAAUAUCACCUGCUAUCGACACUCCUGCUGAACCACUAAACAAACCCAGAGUCAACGACACACACUCUCGACAGGAGCUGACAAGUGUGAGGUCGUUCCACGAUGUUCGGCCAUCACCUACAGCUCUUAUUUAAGCCUCCCGAACCCUGGCUGACCCAAACCCCGUACCUCAUUCCAGUUCCAGUACCUUGUAUAAUGUUUCGUGUGCUUCCUGUCUUGUGUGCUCCAGUGACCCUCAUUCCCUCAUUCUCACAGAUAAGCUAAAGGCAGAUAAUUUGAGAGGUGAGUCUGAUUUCUGCUUUGAAUCCAUGAUCUUCCUCCAUUCCCACUACAGAUGCUCUCAGUUAACAGGUUUAAUGUCUCUACUUUACUUUUGUACGGUAUUUCAUCAAACAGCAAUUGGGUGAAUCUCAUGAAAACUGUCAAAAAUGUGUCUGAAAGGGACAAAAUGAAAGGGAAAUAAAUAAACAUAUUUUGCAUAAAAAAUAAAAAAAAAAUGUAAAGCACAUUUUCCUCAAAAAAUGCUGAUAAUAAAAUAUUUACAUUGUAAAGCAUUUGGCAUACCGUAUGCUGACUUGAAAAAUAAUAAUAAAAAAAAAAAAGUAAACUUU